AUGGUAUUUCAUUCAACAAAGGAACGCAUACUUGACCACCGUGGCCGCCGCCAGGACCGCCAGGACCUCCGUGACCACCGCCAGGACCACCAGGUCCUCCAUGACCACCGCCGGGGCCGCCAGGGCCUCCUUGGGGACCGCCAAAGCCACCUUGACCUCCCUGGCCACCUUGGGGACCACCGAAGCCGCCGGGGCCACCAGGGCCACCGUGACCGCCCUCAUGGUGACCGCCACCAGGACCUCCAGGGCCUCCCUGGGGACCACCAAAGCCACCUUGGCCUCCCUGGCCACCUUGGGGACCACCGUGACCACCCUCAUGGUGACCGCCACCAGGACCUCCAGGGCCUCCUUGGGGACCGCCGGGGCCGCCAGGGCCACCGUGGUUGUUCUCUUCGUGGUGGUGAUGGAAAAGACCCAUUGUGA